AGUAAUUGUAUAAAGUAGCGAAUGACAUUUAUUUGGACGAAACGUACUGAAUAUUGUUGUGUCAUUUAUUUUGCAUUCGGUUAAGCUUUCACGCUUUCCCACCUCUCGUGAUGGUGAGGAAUAAACCGAAACCUUCAAAGACAUGUAUUGAAAGUGAUGAAGAGACAAGUGAUGUGGUUCCUCCUGAAUCCGAAGAUGAUCAGAGUUCGGAUGGAGGGAAUAAUAAAGAAUUGAGUUCUUCAUUGGAGGAUAGUGAUGAUGAGAAUCAUAAGGAUGAAACUCCUAAUACCAGAAAAAGAAUUUCUAAACGGAAAAAACAAGAAGCAGAUAAUGAAGAUGUUAAUGAUGGCGAUAUGUCUGUUGAUGAAAAAUCAACAUCUUUAAAACUUGUGCUGAGGAAGAGGAAAGCUUCCACUCCUCUGGAUGAAAGUUCUGAUCCAGAUGAUGAGGAUUCCUCCAGUGACGAUUCUUCUGCUGCAACAUCAGACGAAGAUCAAGCUUCACAGUUUGUGAUUUAUUCACAGAAAUCUAAAAGGAGGAAAAGUAGAAAAAAUAGUAGAAGAGAAGCACCAAAGAGGAAAUCGCGCUCAAAAUCUGGUGAGAAAAAAACUAGAAAGAAGAAAGACAAAAACACGGGCAGAAAAAAAAUUAAAAAGAUAUUUGGUGGAGAUCAACUGAACGAAGAAACAAAAGAUGCAGAGAAGAGAGAAGAAGAGCGAAGGAAGAGGUUGGAAAUGAGAGGAGAUGAUAAAAUCGUGGAGGUUGGUUUGGAUGAUUCAUUCAACAUAGUGGAAACUGUUACAAAACGCCUUGUUCUGCAGAAGGAACCACUUGUAGAGGUUCAUCCAUCUAUCACUGUGCAUUUAAAACCCCACCAAGUGGAAGGAGUGCAGUUCAUGUGGGAUAACUUGAUCGAGAGCACAAAGCUGGCUGAGGAAGGCACUGGUGGUGGAUGUAUCUUAGCACAUUGUAUGGGACUUGGGAAGACACUUCAGACCAUCACAACCAUACAUACCAUCUUACGAAGUGAAAAUCUUUCCAUUAAAACUGUGUUAGUUGUUGCUCCACUAAAUACACUGCUUAACUGGAUGUCUGAGUUUGAUAGAUGGGCUCCUGAUGAUGAACCAUUAAUUACAUACAACCUCGGUGCAUACGCGACUCGUAAAGAGAGGAUCAAAGUUCUCGACAAGUGGAAGAAGACUGGAGGAGUGAUGGUGCUCGGAUAUGACAUGUUCCGCCUCCUUGCAUCCGGAACAAGGAUCAGAUACAAAGCUUGGAGGGAGAGCUUUGCGAGUGCUCUUCUUGAUCCAGGUCCUGAUAUUGUAGUGUGUGAUGAAGGACACAAACUCAAGAACUCUGAAUCGAACAUUUCUCAGGUUAUGAGCAAACUUAAGACACGUAGAAGAGUGGUGCUUACUGGGACUCCACUGCAAAACAACCUCGUUGAAUACCAAUGCAUGGUGAACUUUGUGAAGCCAAACCUGCUUGGGUCACUGAAAGAAUUCCGAAAUCGUUUCGUGAAUCCUAUUUCUAAUGGUCAGCACCUGGAUUCAACGGACAGGGACGUUCGUCUCAUGAAAAAGCGUUCACAUGUGCUUCAUAAUAUGUUACAAGGUUUUGUACAGAGGAAAGAUUACACCUCCCUUGCCCAGUACUUGUGUGGUAAAUAUGAAUAUAUCAUUAAAGUUCGUCUCAGUCCUGUGCAAGUGUCUUUAUACCGUCACUACCUUGAUACAAUGACCAACAGAGGCAACAACCCACAUGCUGUCCAGCAAGGUUCAAGAGAUACUGGGUUAUUCUCUGAUUACCAAAACCUGAUGCGAAUAUGGACACAUCCACGUGUGUUGCAGUUGCACACCAUUAGAAGGGAUGAGCAGAUAAAUCGAAUGAUCUGUGAUUCAGAGGAAGAGGAGGAAGCUGUGAGUAGUGGGGAUGAGGAGUGGACCGCUGAUAGGAGAAACAAAGACAAACCUACGGAAAAACAGGAAGAUGAAAAAAAACCCCCAAUACAAAAUGGUGGGAUGAUUUCCUUACGUGAAUCAGACGCAGAUGAUGAUGAAGUAAAAUCAAAUGUUACAAGGAAGUCCAAGAGGAUGAAGGGAAGCUCAGAUGAGGAGGAACACACCGCAACAUCCAGCUCUGAGGAUGAGUUUAAAAGUGACUCGGAAGAAGAGGAAGAGGUGGAGGUUAAAUCACGGAAGAAGCACAGACCAAAGAACUCAGGAAGAUACAGAUUAAGAGGAGGGAAUAGUGAUAGUAGUGAUAAUGAUCCAGUGAUGCAGUUGAACAAAUCAAUGGAAUCAACGGAGGAGAAUGAAUGGUACUCCUCCAUUGUGGGGAAGGAUGUUGCUGAUGAUCAGAAUGCGGGAGGAAAGCUUGCUGUCCUCUUUGAAAUUCUUCGUCUUGCUCAUGAAUGUGAUGAUAAAAUCCUUGUAUUCAGUCAAAGUCUUCUCUCGCUGGACUUGAUCGAGGAAAUGCUUGCUCUGUCAACCGUGAAGGUUCUCAGCCAAUUAGAAGACGGGAAAAUCUCGACGGAGAUUGACUAUAGGAAGUGGUAUAAAAACUUGGAUUAUUUCCGUAUGGACGGUUCAUCGCUGGGAAAAUCGCGACAACGUUGGAUAAAUGAGUUCAACGAUGAAACGGACAGAAGGGCAAGGUUAUUUCUUAUAUCGACGAAAGCUGGUUCGUUGGGCGUGAAUCUGGUAGCUGCGAACCGUGUCGUUAUUUUCGAUGCAUCGUGGAAUCCUUCGCAUGAUAUUCAGUCAAUUUUCCGCGUUUAUCGUUUCGGUCAGGCCAAAUGCUGCUAUAUUUACCGGCUCAUUGCACAGGGAACCAUGGAAGAAAAAAUCUACGACCGACAGGUCACCAAACAGUCAUUGUCAUUCCGGGUAGUGGACGAGCAACAGAUCAACCGACAUUUCACUGCCCAUGAUUUACAGGAAUUGUACACUUUCAACCCGUCACCUACUCCAGCCGAAAGCGAGAGACCAACACACGCUUUGCCUAAGGACCCCUUGCUCGCUGAGUUGUUGACUGGAGAAUGCACUCGUGACAAGAUUGUUAGUUACCAUCAACACGACUCGCUUCUGGAUCAUCAGGAGGCGGAGGAGCUCACUGAGGAGGAGAGGAAGGCGGCGUGGGAGGAGUAUGAGAAUGAGAAGAAGGGUCUCCACCGUUUUAACCCACCACCCCAACAACAACGAACCGCUUUUACUGUGGCAAAUCAAAUGACCAACCAGAUUACCCCCUUGAAUAUGCUCAGUCAACUACAGCCAGAUCCUAUCUCCACAAUACAACAAGACAAUCUACUGAGUGAAGCUGUUCUUUCCUCGCUCAGGUUGCCUUUAACUCCUGAAAUGAGUAAAGAGCAACGUAACCAGGCACAGUCAGUGGUUACUCUUAUGUUAAAGGCGACUCGUGUUAUGCAGCAAGCCGCCGCUCGCCUCGAGUUUUUGAAACCCGUCGACCAUGAAAAAACGAUGUCCAACCUUAAAGCAUUGCCCAUGUAUCGGCACAUGAAGGACGACAGCUUGCGGAUGAUUGCAAUCGAGCUGAUGAUCCGCCAGCAGCAGCAGAGAUCGAACGCGGAGAAAGAAUUUAAAACAAGCAAAAUGCAAAUCACUUGGUUGGAAAGCAGGUAUCGUAAGAUCAUUCAAGAUGCAGUGAAUCUCAACGGAAUGAUCGCUCUUGCCAAAGCCGCAGCCAACGGGCCGAACUCAGUCAUAAACUUAACUCUGGAUGACGACGCUGAAAUGAAAACAAAAGCUUCAGAUUUAGCUCGCUCUUCAUUUCAAUCACUGUUGACACAAAAUAAGGAAAUCGCUCCAAGACCUGCUGCAUCUAAAAACGGUAGUGCAAAAGUGACUUCUACUAUUUCGGCUCUCUUCAGCGCGUCGUCUAAGCCAGUGAAGGAACUGAGCAUUUCAGAAAAAGAAGCACCCAAAAGUUUAAAACCAACAACAAUAGACCUUACUGAUGACAACGAUAAGGAAACCCGAGAUACGAAACCUGUUGUGGAAUCACUUGAUACAACAAAAGCGAGUGCUGAGGUAGCGAAGAAGGCACCGCCACCGAAGCGUGUAAACGAGAAUGGCAGAAAAAAAGCAGCAUAUGAGAGUGAAGAAGAUUCUGAGAGCGAUGAAGAUUGGGAAACGCAGUAUUCUAGGAACGCGAAGAAUCGAAGUAGAAGAACUAGGUCUUAACAUCUGAUCACACCAAAGCUGAUUUAAUCUAUAGUUCCCGACUUACCUAUAGCAAAAUUCUUCAUUACACUUUUCCCCACAACAGUAUCGGAGCUCCUAUUUUUUUAACCCAAGUUUUAACCCAUCCCUUUCUCGCGACUGCCACGCGUUUUUUUAUUUCCUUUCAUUCAGUUUUUUCGUUCUGUUCUAUACUCCCGAUCUUAAACCGGUCCGAUUAACGUUGUCAGUUGAAUAAAUUGUACGAGGAGUCUAACUGUUAAA